AGGGGGCGCUGUGUGGAGGGAGCUGGAGUAUAAAAUCCUGGCCUUUCAGAUAACUGGUCACUUUAAAGCCAAGAGUACGUCUGGAGAGGAGUCUGUGUGAAGAGAUCAGACUCCCAGUCGCACCAGUCCGGGAGCCUCUCUCCGCUCGUCCAGGUUGUUCUGUCCCUCUCUCUCUCUCUCUCUCUCUCUCUCUCCCUGUUCAUCCAUCCGCCUCGUUCGCCCCCUCUCCGCUCUCCCUUCCUCACCUCCACCAUGGCUCCGACCUUGGCCACGGCGUUCGCCCGGCGCUGGUGGAUGGCGGUGACGGCCAUCGUGGAGAACCUGCUCUUCUCCGCCGUGCUGCUGGGAUGGGGCUCGCUGCUCAUCAUGCUCAAGUCAGAGGGCUUCUACUCGUACCUUUGCAACGAAGAAGGCAACAGCUCCAGCUACAACCUGUCCCGGUCCGCGGCCGCGCCGGAGCCCGACGACUACGACUACUACGAGGGCGAGGCCGGCGUGGUGGGUCUGGGGGACGGGGUGGAGAUGAAGCCCCUGGUGCCCCAGGACGGCCCCCUGCGGAUGAACGGCUGGCUGGUGUGCAAGGAGCAGGACGAGAUGCUGAACCUGGCCUUCACCGUGGGCUCCUUCCUCCUGUCCGCCAUCACGCUGCCGCUGGGCAUCGUCAUGGACAAAUACGGGCCGCGCAAGCUGCGUCUGCUGGGCAGCACCUGCUUCGGUUUGUCCUGCCUGAUGAUCGCGUACGGAGCCUACCAGCCCAACGACCUUUCCGUGCUCAUCUUCAUCGCGCUGACUUUCAACGGCUUCGGGGGCAUGUGCAUGACCUUCACCUCCCUCACGCUGCCGAACAUGUUUGGGGACCUGCGCUCCACCUUCAUCGCCCUGAUGAUCGGCUCCUACGCGUCCUCUGCUGUCACCUUCCCUGGAGUCAAGGUGAUUUACGACCUGGGCAUCUCCUUCAUCACCAUCCUGGUGGUGUGGGCUGCGUGUGCUGGACUGGUCUUCCUCAACUGCUACUUCAACUGGCCUCUGGAACCGUUCCCCGGCCCGGAGGACAUGGACUACACCGUGAAGAUCAAAUUCAGCUGGCUGGGCUUCGACCACAAAAUCACAGGGAAGCAGUUCUACCAGCAGGUGACCACGGUGGGCCGGCGCCUCAGCGUGGGCAACAGUCUGAAGGAGAAGGAGACGGCCGCCAAGGAUGGGAACACCCUGUGCCUCUCCACUAUGGACCUGGAGGUGGAGUGCAAGCCUCAGGAGGAGUCCCAGUCGUUCCUGAAGAGCAUCAUCAGCCCGAUCUUCCUGCUCAGCCUGGUGACCAUGUCGGUCACUCAGCUCCGCCUCCUGUUCUACAUGGGGGCCAUGAACAGCGUCCUGGAGUCUCUCAGCGAUGGCGACUUCAACACAGUGGAGCGAAUGGAAGUUGUGAGCCUGUACUCCUCCAUCUUUGGCGUCUUGCAGCUGCUCUGCCUGAUGACCACGCCUGUGAUUGGUCAGAUCAUGGACUGGAAGCUCAAGGAGUGCGACGACGGAGAGGGCGAGAAGGAGCCCUCCAGCAAGGGCGAAACUAAGAAGAAGCGCAGAGACAGGAAGACCCAGAAGGUGACCAACGCCCUGCGAGCGUUCGUGCUCACCAACGUGCUCCUGGUGGGAUUCGGAGUCACUUGCCUGAUUCCCAACCUCCCGCUUCAGAUCGUGUCGUUCAUCUUACACACCGUGGUCAGAGGAUUCAUCCACUCUGCCGUCGGCGGCCUCUAUGCGGCUGUGUACCCGUCCUCCCAGUUCGGCAGCCUAACGGGCAUGCAGUCACUGGUCAGCGCCGUGUUCGCCCUGCUGCAGCAGCCCCUGUUCUUGGCCAUGAUGGGACCCCUGGGGGGCGACCCCUUCUGGGUCAACAUUGGACUGUUCGCUGUCAGCAUGCUGGGCUUCCUGCUGCCGCUCUACCUGAUCUGCUACCGACGGACCCUCCACAAGGAGCAACAGAUGAAGGAGGAGAACGCUAAGAUCUACAUCAAGAUCAACGGCUCCGACGUGCCCGAGGCCUUCAUCUAGAGGAGAGCGAAGGCGAAGAUCGGUUUCUAACCCGCGAUCGCCCAGCGACGCACAGACACAAUCCCACAUGUCACAUUUAAGCGUAUAAUUGUUAGACUCUUCUCUCUUUAGUGCAAGUAUUUCUAUCCCAAAUCCCACCGGCGAGAACUGCUACUGCAGUUGUCAUGGAAACGGAGUGUCGCCGAAGAGACACGUGAAAAGAAGCGCACGAGAGGAAAGACUGUGAAAGGAAGGAGGCAUCAGCUCCUCUGCGUCCCCCCAAAUCCUCCCGUGUCUCUUUUUACUCCUGCGUCGAGCAGCGCGUCUCUUCUUUUUUCCUCCUUAACGUUGGCUUUAAAUCGUGCUGACCGUGGAUCAGUGUGAUUUAUCGGUGCUACCUACUGUAUCCGCCCGUCGGCUUGGGACUGGAUGUGAGUGUGAGUGUGGAUCAAGUGGCGUUAAUGACUGACAGGAGGGAGUGAAGUGCCUUAGUGCUAAGGUUUCUCAGGCAAGUAGUCCUGAUUCAUUAAAGGGCUGGAACACGUCUAACAUCUUAUCACAAACCUAAGUGUCCCAUAAGAAGGACAUCAAACAACCUGCAUCGUUUUUCCUAAAGAGAAAUGUUCAUAGAUUAUUUAUUUUGCUUCCUGCUUCAUUUAGUUGACUUUUUAUACUUUAUGAAGUUUACCAUAGAUGCCUUUGAAUCUAUGACUGGGCUGCCUGUUCUGUUAACCUUUUACACAAUAAAAGUCUGCAGUAUUGCACAUCCUUAAUGUUUCUAUUAACCAUAACCAUGAGGUCAUCCAGUGCCUUCGAUCAUUACUCAUUACUUCUAACACGAAUAAAGCACUUUUACCUAUUGUACGUAUAGACACGUUCCCACCGAGCUCCUCCUUCUCUAUUUAUUUUAUGCAGGCAUGACUGUUUAAUAUGGUGAGACUUCUGAGGGUUUAUAAUAAAGAUGUGUCAGCCUCUUUAAA